AAACCUAGGAAUUCUUGUUUCAUUCAUGUGUGCAGAGUAUGUAAUGGGCACUUGCAGAUUCACAGAUGCUGAACCCAGUUCUUUUAUGUGAUCCACUUUUUUACAGCCACCCUUUUCUUAAAUGGAAAGUUUUGAGGAGCUUAUUACCCUUUUAACCUGAGGGAAUCUGAUUACGAUCUUAUGACCUCCCUUUUAUUUUGAUUUUUUUAAAGAAGACGGCAAGAAAUCUACAGGAAUAGGUUUAGUUGAGCUCUACCUUGCUUGAGGAAGGAGGCGAUCGCAUGACACAUACAGACUGGUCUUCACAUCCAAGACAAAGAAUUCAUCAGGCAACAGAGCUAUGUACUUGGACAACAAAGAUGACUGCACAAUCUCUAGAAAAGUAGAUAUGGAGUUGACCCAGGCCUCUGUCCCACACCAUGUAGACUUGCUUGCAGAUGUCUCAGCAGAACCAAUUUCCAAUAAUUUCAGUGAGCUGAAACUGUUGAAGGAGAUGAUGGCUGUUCAGGGAGAACCACAAAAGCCCUAUCAAAAUGAUGCACCAGAACCUGACUUUUGCAUUACCCCGGAGAAAGAUUUCAUCCCCCUCUCCAUGCAAGGAAGGUAUCACUUCUUUUUGCCCAAAUUCUUCAGCACAAGAUCCAAAGAUAGCUGCUUGACAGAGAAGACGCCUCUGCUGAAAGUUUCCACUGAAAAAAAUGGGUCAAGAUGCAUGGCUGCUCAUAAUACAGAUUUCACCACAGAUGAUGACUCUUGGGAAAACAGUUCUGUGGAAUUUGAGCAAAGAUCUCAGCUGGGAAGUGAAAUGACCAGCUUGUCCAGAUCAGCUUCUUCCUCAGAGAAAUAUGAAAUGUUGGACAACUUUAAUGUCAAAUUCAAUUUAACCAAGAUGCGAUGCUGUUUCAGAUUCCUAAAAGUUUCUGGCCUUUUUAUCUUUGUAGCUGUAUGCUCUAUUUUAUUUGGCAUUCAUCCUGAAAAUGGAACACCUUGGCAGAUACUGGCUGUGUCACCUAUGGACAUCUAUACUAUGAACUUCAGCAAUUUUCAUGAUUCUGCCCUUCUAAAGGUAGAACUUGGAGGGUCUUUUGUAGCAGAUGGGGUUGAUUGGCAACCAGAAGAUUACAUUGUAGUUCAAAUUAGACAAGAGGAAGACUCUGGGCUUAAAAGGAGACGUCAGCAGCAGAUCUUAUACAAUUGGACUCUACCUUUAAAUAUGAGAAAAAAAGAGCAAGUUACUGUGUCUCGAACUUUUGAGAUGUUAAACAGUAAAGAAACUUCCCUAAGUAUUCAAGCUUUUCUCCAGGAAUUGGAAAUAGUUCCUUUUUCCAUGACGCAUCAAUAUCUUCAUGCAAAUGUAGAGACUCAAGUCACGAUUGCAUCAGUCAUUUUAGCAGGUGUUUAUAUGCUCAUCAUAUUUGAGAUGGUUCACAGGACAUUAGCAGCUAUGCUGGGCUCCCUGGCUGCCCUAGCUGCCCUAGCUGUGAUUGGUGAUAAGCCGAGCUUGGUCAAAGUAGUGGCAUGGAUUGAUUAUGAAACUCUGGCGCUUUUGUUUGGAAUGAUGCUUUUAGUUGCCAUCUUUUCUGAAACUGGAUUUUUUGAUUAUUGUGCAGUAAAGGCUUACAGACUCUCUCGAGGCAGAGUGUGGCCCAUGAUUAUCAUUCUUUGUCUUAUUGCUGCAAUUCUCUCAGCUUUUUUGGACAAUGUUACUACCAUGCUUCUCUUUACUCCAGUAACCAUAAGGUUAUGUGAAGUGCUUAACCUAGAUCCCAGGCAUGUCCUGAUUGCUGAAGUAAUCUUCACCAACAUUGGAGGGGCCUCUACAGCUAUUGGGGAUCCUCCAAAUGUGAUCAUUGUUUCAAAGCAGGAGCUCAGGAAGGAGGGAGUGGAUUUUGCAGUGUUUACAGGACACAUGUUUGUUGGAAUUUGUCUUGUACUUGUGGUGUCCUUUCCUUUUCUAAGGCUUCUCUACUGGAACAAAAAGCUUUACAACAAAGAACCAAGUGAAAUUGUUGAACUGAAACAUGAAAUCCAUGUUUGGAGACUGACGGCACAGCGAAUUAACCCUGCCAGCAGAGAAGAGACAGCUGUAAAGUGCCUCUUAAUGCAAAAGGUUCUUACCCUGGAGAUCUUGCUGAGAAAAAAGCUCAAAACAUUCCAUAGACAAAUCUCACAAGAAGAUAAAAAUUGGGAAACAAAUAUUCAGGAGCUCCAAAAAAAGCACAGAAUAACAGAUAAGGUGCUUCUCAUCAAAUGCCUGACUGUUUUGGGAUUUGUUAUCCUCAUGUUCUUCCUCAAUUCAUUUGUUCCAGGUAUUCACCUAGGUCUUGGGUGGAUUGCUAUGCUGGGAGCCACAUGGCUUCUGGUGUUAGCCAACAUACAUGAUUUUGAGAUGAUUCUGAGUAGAGUGGAAUGGGCUACACUCCUUUUCUUUGCAGCCUUGUUUGUUUUAAUGGAGGCUUUGGCCCAUCUUCAUUUAAUAGAAUACAUAGGAGAACAGACAGCUUUGUUAAUAAAGGUGGUGCCUGAGGACCAACGCUUGACAGUUGCUAUCAUUUUAGUACUCUGGGUCUCUGCCUUGGCAUCAUCCCUAAUUGACAAUAUUCCAUUCACUGCUACAAUGAUCCCUGUACUUCUCAAUCUGAGUCAGGACCCAGAUGUUAACUUACCUGUGAAGCCCCUGAUCUUUUCAUUGGCUAUGGGUGCCUGUCUUGGAGGUAAUGGGACAUUGAUCGGAGCAUCUGCAAAUGUUGUUUGUGCAGGAAUUGCAGAGCAGCAUGGCUAUGGCUUCUCUUUCAUGGAAUUUUUCAGGUUGGGUUUUCCCAUGAUGGUGAUGACCUGUAUCAUUGGAAUGUGCUAUCUCCUUGUUGCUCACGUUGUACUGGGUUGGAUCUGA